UCAGUGGCAGUGCCAUUGGUGGCAGUGUCAGUAGCAUCAGUGGCAGCAAUGGAGGUUGUGUUGUGGGUGGCAGUGUUGGAGGCAGCAGUGGCAGCGCUGCUGAGAGCGGUGCAGGCAGUGGUGUCAGCAGUAGCAGCAGCAAGCUCCUGGUGCUGUGCGUGGUGUUCAACCCCAGUUCCCAGGCAGCAUGUUAUGGCACGGACACUGUGCACGGCCUGACCACCUGCACUGCAGACAGCAGGUAAGUCAGGUGUGGGUCUGCCACACCAGAAUACUCAAAUAGGUCUCUAGAUACAGAUUCUCUCUUUCACGUUAACAUGAUAGUUUACACGUCCAUUUGCAGAAAAACCACAUGAACAAGUUCCCAGUAACUCAUUGUAUGAAAGUAAUCUGACAUUUAAUCUCUAUUUCCAAAAUAUUAACUGUUGAUAAUUACACCUCAGUAAGCACAUGGUUUAACUGUCAGUAAAACACUUUCUGAUCCUCCAAUGAAGUACUUGUAUGCUGUUAUAAACAAGCCAGUUCAACUUUGCGAACAGCUAUGCUUUUUGUAAGCCUUGUUAUUCCUGGGGUAAGGUACACUUUCAGGAGCAGUCUUGUGCAUUUUUAAGGUAAUUCUUCUUGCAAGAAAAUGUAGCAUUAAUUGCUUUGGCCCCUCUUUAAAUGGCCUUAUCUAAAACCUAGUGAAGUCACUGGAAAGAAUCCCACUGACGUCACUGGUUUUGGACCAGCCUCCCACUGAAAUGAUGAUACAACUGGCCACCGAGCCUCUGCAAAGACCAUUAGCUUGGAAUAUCAAUGAAGUAUCCUCUAUCUGCCCAGCACAUGCAGUUGCAGUUCAAUGUUUUCUUUUUUUUUUUGUUUCUGAAGCAACGUUUUUUUUAAUGAUUAAAAGGCAGCUUGGGCUGCAUUUUGGAAACUCCAUUACUGCAGGACUUGGUUAUCACCCUUAAACAAUUUGGCUUCAUGUUUACAAUUCAGACAUUCUCACGACCCAAUUCCUAUUUAAGGACUUGCCCAUCUAUUUAAAGCAGAGGGAAAAAUGCACUUGAAAUGAAUAGUACGGAUGAGACAUUGCACCAAAUAUUCACUUUCUUUUAGAAGCAGCAUCAGAAUCAGGGAUCCCACGACUCUGUUUUUUCUUUUUUUUUUCAUGAUAGAUGUUUGAAAACUAGAACACCCUUUUAGGGGUUAGAAAAAGUAUCUGACAAAUACACAGCUUAAACUUUUGAAAAACAACACAAGAAUGCAGCGUUCCAACAAGUUUCUCAUACCGAGGGAAAGGAGAACAGGGCCAACAUAAAGAAAGCCCCUUAAGGAUAAAACUUUUAAAACUGGAAUUAAAUGUCUUUCGUUGAAGAAAGGGGAAGUAAAAAAAAACCAACCCUAGAUAUCUGAAGUUGUGACCAACAAACAGAAAGGAUGGAGCCGCCAGUAAUAAAAAUACACUACAGGAAAUUCUAGUCUCCAGCGAUAAAUAGAAGUCACAACAGCACAGGAUGCAUGCAGGGCGAGCUCUUUAGGCCAACGGGAUAUGAAAGGCAAACAGCCUGUCUUCUUUUGUUUUAACAUCUGACGUGUGUCCCCUGCAGGUCUGGGCCACGCAGCUGGUUGCUUGGGAGGACAGCACCGAUCCUGCCACUCUCCGCCAGACCCACAGCGAGGAUGGGCACAGUCCUCUUUGUUCUCUUUGGCCACGGGCUCCUAUGGUGGGCACCCUCCUGGGCUGGCAAAGAGGCGGCAGUCCAGUGCUUGGGGACAGCUUGCUACACCAUCCACUGGGGCAAACACAACUGGGCUGGUGCCCAGGACCAGUGCAAGAGCAACGGGGGCAACCUGGCGAGCGUGAAGAGCCAGGACGAGGCACAGCUACUUGGUGACCUGCUAGCCCUGGAUGAGGUGAGGGCACUGGGGCUGGCUAAGCUGUGGAUGGGGCUGCGCCGGGAGAAAGGCAAGUGCUAUCAGAGGCACCAGCGCCUCAGGGGCUUCACCUGGGCCUCCGGAGGGGAUGAUGCCGACUACAGCAAAUGGCACGCGGAGCCGCGGGAGACCUGCACAGCCCAGCGCUGCGUCACCCUGCGCCUGGAUCUCGCCUCCCGGGGCUCCCGGGAGCCCACCUGGACGGACGGCCCCUGCAACGACUCGGGGGUGAGCGGCUACGUGUGCAAGUUCAGCUUCCAGGGCAUGUGCCGCCAAGUGGCGCUGGCCGGGCCGGGCUCGGUGACCUACAGCACCCCCUUCGGGGCCGAGAGCGCCGCCCUGCAGGCCGUGCCCUUCGGCUCGCUGGCCACGGUGGAGUGUGGGCCAGGUGGUGAGCAGCCGGGCAGCUUCUUCGUUUGCCAGAAGGGGGACGGGGGCACCUUCAUAUGGAGCAGCCCGGGGCCCCUGUGCGCCGGGCCCGAGGGGGGAUGCGCCUACCGCAACGGGGGCUGCGAGCAGCGCUGCCGGGACCUGCCGGGCGGCGCCGUGCGCUGCUCCUAUGAGAGUCUACAAAUACUUGCUUAUAUGAUUAACUAUGAAUUCUGUGUUGCUAGGAAUGUGUUAAAAAUUUCUCACAUCCAUACCUAG